AUGGAAGUUACAAUUCCCGUAGUGACGAAAGAUGGUUCCAAAACUUCCCCAGCAGCAAAUGUUCGAAAAAUGAAGCAAAGCCGGUUGCCUUUUCAAUUUUUGUCAACACCCCCCAAACCCCCCGUGGAGUCGAACGAAGCCGCACGCAAAAGGAAACCGUCGACGGAAACGUUGGAUGUGGAACAUGUAGCAAAGGCUGGACGUAUUGCAGAUGUACAAGAGCAUGUUACAACACAGAUUGUGGAAGAAGAAAAUCGUAAACCAGUAGGUGAUAAUGCGGACAAAACUGCUAAUGAACAAGAUAAUGCAUCAGGAUCAGCAACGAACCACAGUGGUAGAUCACUGUCUGCAAAAAAAUCCAAGAAAAAAUCGAAGAGAAACGAUUCGCCAAAAAUUUUGAUUAAACUCCCCAUAGGAAAACGAAAACACAGCUCCACUGAUGAAAGUAAGAAGUUGAAAAAGAAGGCAAUUGGUGGAGGGAAGUUGAACUUCAGCACUGAUCUGAAUGAAUCGAUAAUUUUGGAUGACACGGAUCUAUCGGACGAUGGUACGGGUGAAACAGGAAAGGAUAGUUCUAUGAGUGCUAAGGGAGAGAAGGAGACUCAGUCAAUAAAUGAUCAAGAAUGUGAAGUUGAAGGUAACAAAGAGCAGAAUUCUUGUUCGACGGGAGAAAACAGAGAACAAUUAGAUGAAUCAAAUGCUGAAAAUAAGACUGUCACAUCAUUAGAACUGUUGGACAACGCAGAAUGUAGCACGAACGAGAAUGUUUUCCCAUCAGAGCCAGUUGUCGAAGUGGAAGCCGAAACUAAACUACCCGAUCAGUCCGACAGUAUAGCGGUUGACAUAACUUCCGACGCUGAUUCAAACGAGGACAUUUACUUGCUUUGUACUCCAACCUCUAAGAUCGUUCCGAACGAGGAUGAGAAAAAGGUGCGAAAGCUGACGCCUAAACAAAUCGCUCAACGUCAGGAUCAUGAAAAGCGACGUGCACUGAAGGAACAAGAGAAGCUGGAGAAGCGCCGACAACUACAGGAGGAAAGGGAAGAAAAAGCUCGCGAAAAAGAGGAACAGGAGCGACUGCGUAAGAAAGAGCGCGAAGAAAAGGAAGAUCAAAGGCGACGAGAACGGGAAGAAAAAGAGCUCAUGAAACGUAAGGAUCGCGAAGAAAAGGAAGAACAAAAGCGCAAAGAGCGCGAGGAGAAAGAAGAUCAGAAACGAAAAGAACGCGAAGAAAAGGAGAAAAAACGGCAGGCAGAAAUUGAUCAGAAAAAUGAAGAAAAGCGUUUGAAAGAUGAGGAACGUCGUAAGAAAGAGGAACAAAGAGAGGAGGAAAGAAAACGCAAAGAAGAAGAGAAAGAGGCCGAGGAAAAGCGAAAACAAAAGGUGGCUCAAGCUUUCACAAGCUUUUUCGUAAAGAAACCGAUCAAUGGAGGCGGUGUGAAAGCAUCUGAUGAUGAAAAUUCCGUCGAGUCGACUUUGGGAGGAACAGCGGUGACCGGCACAUGUUUGGGUCAGCAACGAUUCAUGCCGUUUUGUGUUAAAGGAGACAUGAGAUUAGCUCCCACUGUACGAAGAGUCCUAAAUUCGAAUCAGAGGGAUGCCUUGGAACGAAUGUUAAAGUCUGCAGACAACGAAAAGCAAGCAACUGAUCGUACCGAUCUUUAUGUUGAAUUGCUAAGAAGAAAGUCCCACAAUCCGAUAAAAGCCGAACGUACUUGGAAUGCAGAAGAUGAGGAGGAAAAUGAUGAAAUUAUGAUCGUUGACGAAGACGUGUGCCACCAGAUUGAGGUUGAUCCGGGAAAGAUGAAGCAAAAGUUUAAAACUAAAUUCUUUCUGUUCGAGGAAAAUCGUCGUCCUCCUUACAGAGGAACUUGGCGUAAACGGAGUGCUUGUAUUAAAGCACGUCGUCCCUUUGUUCAAGACACUAAAUUUUUCGACUAUGAAGUGGAUUCUGACGACGAAUGGGAAGAAGAAGAGCCCGGCGAAUCACUGCACGGCAGCGAUGACGAAAAAGAUGUCGACCCGGAAGAAGACUAUGAAGUUGAUAACGAAUUCUUCGUACCGCAUGGGCAUCUAAGCGACGAAGAACUGCACGCCGAAGAGGAAGGUGAAAACGACGAUAACAGUCCAGAGACGCAGAAAUUUAAGCUGAAAAUUAUGCAACAAGAGUUUGUAGCCGAGAUGAAAAAGAAAACGGAAAAAAUCAAACCCAGACUCAUCGGGUGUAUCUGGGAAAAGGAGAUCGAGGAUACAAACCGGUCCAUUGAGUGUUCGGCACUGAUUCGGAAAAUGUUAGACGAUCGUGCAAUGCUGUUUAAUCCGGAUGAACCGAUCUCGUUCACUCGAUCGUUUCCCAAGGUAAAUGGAUUCAUCGAACAGGAUGCAGACUCUAUUUCACCAAGCAAAGACAAUGAAAAAACAAGCGUGAAGAAGGUUAAAAUCACGGACGAUGCCAUUCGUGAUUUGGCUCGUUUGGUGCAUGGAAAUGUAAACAAUCGUAACUUUUUGGUACGUGAGUUUAAUGCAUUUUGGACAAGCCGCAACGAUUCCGUAGAGUUCAGCUUGGAAAGUAUAAAGAUAAAAAUUAAAGAAAUUGCCCAAUGGGGUCCAUGCAGUGUAGAAGGACCAAUGCAUGGUAAGCUGUGCUGGACCGUCGAUGAGAAGGUGCUCCAGCAGUGGGAUCUGGCGGAUGCGACCCUUCCGAAUGAAUGGAAGUACCAUUUGCAGAAACGCAAAUCAACAAGCAAGCAAGAAAAGAAACCGAUCUUGGAAAAAGGAACAAACUUGGAAAAAGAAUCAAACUUGGAAAAAGAAACAAACAUAGUGAAAGAAUCGAACCAAUUGUCUGAUUCUGGGGAUAGUAGCGUAAAGCUGACAAAAGCGUUCUUGCAGACAAACAAACAAACGAUAGAUAAAUGUUUGGUAGAUGUGAUAGAGAAAGAUAAAACUGAUCCUCCAAUGCAGCAGGACAACGUUAAAAGCGCUAAAAGCAGUGAUGCGGUAGCAGCAAUCUCCAAGACUCCAACCGUGACGAAAUCCAAAAAACGUGUGCCUCUACUGAUGUCCGUUCCCCGCGGCCAAAGCAUAAAUCAGACGGCUAAAAACAGCCUUAUCAGCCAGUUCUUGUCGAGGGAAAGUAAUGUUAAGACAAAACCAGUAAUACCGGAUGUUAAACACAUCGAACAUGCAGUUAUUGAAAUAGAUUAA